AUGUUUGAGAAGCUGGAAGCAGCGUUCAGGAGGGCAGCAAGCUGGCUGGUGCAGGUGGGCUUAGGGGGAAGAGGUGGCUUGCCAAAACGCCAUUUGAAAUACAGCUGGGGUCUUCAUGGUGAUGAUGGUAACCUCUUUCACGGUAGUGGCAUGCAUCAUGCUGGUGACGCAUUCAGUCGGCCCUUUGGGGCUGGUGACACUAUUGGAUGUGGAGUGGACUACCGUAACAAUACCAUUUUCUAUACCCUCAACGGGCAACUACUUGGUGAUGCAUUCUCCUUGCAUAGUGUCCCGUUCAGGAGGAGGAUGAUUCCGAUGGUCGGGUUGGAUACGGAGUGGUAUGUGGAAAUCAAUCUAGGACAGGAAAACUUCAUGUAUCGUGGGUUGCCUACUUCUACUGCAACGACACUAGCUGAGCUUGCUGAUUAUGCGAUUAAUAAGGGGUGGUUCAGCUCGGAUGGCAACGAGAGCGAGAGUUGGUCGGAAGUUAUAGAAAUGCGUGAUGACAUUUUUGAGGAUGAUGUUACUAGUGAUGAUGAUUUAUUAAACGAUUCUGAUUUUGUGGUUGAAGGAAUUGAUGACGAGUUUGACGACAUAGAUGAGUUGGAGUACUUUGAUAUUAAUCCUGAGGAGAAUCUCGUUGAAACUAUGAGGAACCUCUUGUCAUCGAAGAUAGCGAUUCAGAUUACUAUGAUAUUGUGCGCUCUUUUAGAGAGGGAGGGUCUGGGGACUUUUAUGGGUCUCGAGCGCUACCUGCCGAUUCUGAAUGAGGAUCUUUAUGCAACUUUUACGUGUACUAUUGAAUUGUCGAUGAAGCAUUGA